AUGUAAAUUAAGUCAUAUUUCCAAUAUUAAUUUUUUUAAAUAUUCUAAUAAUUGCUCGUCAUUAAAGAUAAAUUAUUUAAAUUUGAUUUUUAUAAUAAGAUAAAUAAUAAAAAACUGCUUAAAAAAGGUAUUCUUUUAAUAAUAACUGAGCCAUAACAAUAAAUUUUCUAAAUUCAGAUGAAUUACUACUCAUAAACAAGUUAAUCAAAUAGAUAUAUAAAUACAAGCACUUCAAAAAGAGAAUAAAUUUAUGGAAAUUAUUGUGGUAUUUAGAAAUUUACUUAAGAAUAAAACCAAAAAAGUAACUUUAAUAAUAAUCGUUUUAACAAUUAUAAUGAAUAACUCUAAUAAUAACCAUACAGAUAAAUUAUUAGUUAAAAUUAAAAAAAUGAAAUCAAUAGCAAUAUUAACGUAAAGCAAAUCAAAUUGAUUGAGGAUACGGAUAAAUAAUAAUAAUAGAGUUAGGCUUCUAAAAUAAACUAAUUAGAAGAAAAAAUUAAAUCAUUACAAACAUAAUAUUCCUCUUAGAUAUCAUAAAAAGACGAAUAACUUAAUAAAGUUAAUCAAUAAUUAAGUUAAUAAAAGGAAAAUUUUAAAAAUCUAAAAUCUCAAUAUGAUGAUCUAGUAAGUGAUAACAAUAAACAAACUGAAUUGCUAAAUAAGUAAAUGAAUGAAUCUUAAAAAUAGUAAAAAGAUUAAAUUUAAUAAUUAGAAUAAUAAAAUUAAAAUCUACAAUAAUAAAUUUAUAAUUAAUAAUUCCUACAAGAAUAAUAUAUCAACAAAAAUACUAACCAAGAAAAAAAAAUUUAAGAUAUGGAAAAAUAAUAAAUGAAUUAAUAUUAGAAAUAAAAGGAAUUAGAAUCAAAAAUUUAAAAAUAACAAUAAGAAUUAACCGCUAUUAUGUCUUAGAAAUAAAAUAAAUUCGAAGCAGCUGAAAAUGAAAUAAACAAAUAAAAUGUAAAAAUUUAAGAACUAUAAUUGCAAAAUGAAAGUUUAGAACGUAAAAUUAAAGAAUUCUAAAAAUAAUAAUAAGAGUUAACUUAACAAAUAAAAGAAAAAGAAAAUAAAAUAUCUUAACUAAUUAAUUAAUAAAAUGGCAUACAACACUAAAAUAUAGACUUAAAAGAAAAAAAUGAAAAACUUAUGGAGUACAAGGUGGAGAUUGAUUUAUAAAAUAAAUAUGUACCUCAUAAAGAUAUUUAUCAAUCUGGCUACGAUAUGAUUAUUCAUAUGAAUUCUAUUUUAGAUCUUCAAAACAAAGAAUUAGAUGCUUAAAAUCAAAUCUAAAACAAUUCAAACAUUAAGUAUGAAUCAGUCUCUGUAUAGAGCAUUAAUGAUAACAAUUAGUUUGAGAAUAAUCUCAUUAUUGUAGGUAUGUAGGGCUAAAGAAAUCAAGGCAAAACGUUUUUACUCAAUUCUCUUAUAAAUGAAAAUUUCCCCUCAGAAUUCAAUGUUAAUACUCCUGGAAUUUGUUUGAAAUAUCACAGCUUCAAAGGUAAAAAUAUCAUAUAUGUUGAUUCUGAAGGAAUUAAUGGUCCUGCCUAAAUUGAUUAUGAAAAUAAUUUAAGUUAUUAGAACUUUAUAAAGAGUUAAGAGAAUAAUGAAUAAGAUGAUAAGAAUCUUUAAUAAAUUAAUAAAUAUGUAAUAAAUAAGCAUUAGUACAAAAAAAUAACAGAGUAAAUGUAAUAAGAAUUUGUCACUUCUAGUUCUCAUAUUUUGAUCAUAGUACUUACAAAUAUUACAUAAGAAGAUGUGAAUCUUAUUCACUCUAUCUAAUCUUAUUUGAGAAAAGAAAAAAAUUCUGCCUAAAAAAAGAUUUUUGUUAUGCACAACAUGAAAGAUUUCCGCAGUGAGAAAUGUGUAGAAGAAUAUAUUUAAAAGCUAAAAACCUUAUUUCCACUUAGAUAAUAAUAGAUUAUAACAUUUGAAACAACAAAAUACAAGUUCAAUUCAGUUUUUAUAGAUACCAUCUACAAAAAUGUUAAUCACUUAUUUAUGGCUUACUAAAAAAGCUAAGCUGGAGAUAUUUAUAAUAAAUUUGCAUUGGAUUAUUUAAAAGAGUAAAUAGCACAGUAUAAUAGUUCAAUAAAGUUCAAUGUGGUAGACAAAUUCAAAGAUUACCUUAAUAAAAACAUAUAAAACUAUUUAAUUCUUGAAACUGAUGAGCAAAAAACAUUUAAAAAAAAUGAUAUUGAGUUUUUAGAAUUCAAUUAAGAAUAGAAAAUUAUUUAACUCAAGGCAAAUUAUAAAAUAGUUGGGCCAAGAGAAUCCCAGAUGGAUAUUUUUGGGUUUAUGUAAAAGGAAUUUUCCUAUUAAAUUAUCAAAAAUGAAAGGAAGUUGUACCUUUUAGUAGAUAUACCCGGCCAUGUUGAUAUUACUAGAAUAUUUACGAAAUCAGAGAGAUCACUUACUUUAAAAAUAAAACCAAAAGAACAGGAAGAGUAAAUAUAAGGAUAAACAAUUAUAUCUACUAGAAAAAAGUGUGAUGAAAUUAUUCAAAAUUUCAAAAUUUGGGGAAAAGAUAAACUAUUCAACUUGUCAAAAAAUGAAUGCAAAGAUUUAAAAAAUGGAACUUAUUUAUUUGUAUUUAUUGAAGAAGAGAAUGGUGAAGAAGAAGAUUGA